CUCACUGGAGUCCGGAGAGCAGGAACGUGAUGGAGUCUCUGGCAAAACUGGCUUUCGAGCAGCUGCAGAAAGGAAACCUGAUCUUCUAUGAAUCCGAUCUGACAGAGUGUGGCAUCGAUAUCAGAGAAGCCUCAGUGUACUCAGGAGUGUUCACACAGAUCUUUAGAGAGGAGAGAGGAAUGUUUCAGGACAAGGUGUUCUGCUUCAUCCAUCUGAGUGUUCAGGAGUUUCUAGCUGCUCUUCAUGUUCACCUGACCUUCAUCACAUGUGGACUCAAUCUCAUGGAAGAAAAGAGAGAAUCUGAGAUAAUUAAUAAGAAACAAACUAUUUCCCUCCAGUUCUGCCAGAGUGCUGUGAACAUGGCCUUAAAUAGUCCAAACGGACACCUGGACUUGUUCCUCCGUUUCCUCCUGGGUCUUUCAUUGCAGACCAAUCAGAGUCUUCUACGAGGUCUACUGACAGAGACAGGAAGUAGCUCACAGACCAAUCAGGAAACACUCCUGUACAUCAAAGAUAAGAUCAGUGAGGAUCUGUCUGCAGAGAAAAGCAUCAACCUGUUCCACUGUCUGAAUGAACUGAACGAUGGUUCUCUAGUGGAGGAGAUCCAACAGUACCUGAGGUCAGGACGUCUUGCCACAGAUAAGCUGUCUCCUGCUCAGUGGUCUGCUCUGGUCUUCAUCUUACUGUCAUCGGAAGACCUGGAAGUGUUUGACCUGCAGAAAUACUCUGCUUCAGAGGAGGCUCUUCUGAGGCUGUUGCCAGUAAUCAAAGCCUCCAACAAAGCUAUACUGAGUGACUGUAAGCUGUCAGAGAAAAGCGGUGAAGGUCUGUCCUCAGUUCUCAGCUCUCAAUCCACCAGACUCAGAGAUCUAGAUCUGAGUAACAACAACCUGCAGGAUUCAGGAGUGGAGCUUUUAUCUGCCGGGCUAAAGAGUCCACAUUGUAAAGUGGAGACUCUCAGUUUGAAAAAUUGCAGUUUGUCAGAAAUGAGUUGUAAAGCUCUGGGCUUUGCUCUAAUGUCCAACCCAUCCAACCUGGCAGAACUAGACCUGAGCUUCAACACCCUCAAGGAUUUAGGAAUUGUUCAUCUGAGUGGUUUUCUGGAGAGUCCAAACUGUAGAUUGCAGACUCUGAGGUAA